UAUCUUGACAUACUCCUACAGAGGGAGGUUCCAUCGGAUCGGUCAUGUAUCAUCUGUGGGACAGAUGGUGUCUAUAAAUGUCAUGGGUGCUUUGGUGAGCCUCUCUAUUGUACAAGUUGUUGCAGAACCCAGCAUCAGAGACUUCCCUUUCAUCGGGUCAGCCAAUGGACAGGCUCCUUCUUCGAGGAAAGUUGUUUGUUCAAGUGUGGGAUCGUGAUAUGGCUUGGCCAUGACGGAAAGCCAUGUCCAUGGGAAGAUGAUGUAGGGGGUUCUAGUGUGUUUACUACCGGGGAAGAGGGAGCCAACACAACAGACAUGGAGAGUUCAUCAGAAGAAGACAGCGGCGCCCCAUGUUCGAAGAGCGCCGAUGACCUCCCAGCCGGCGUGCCAUUUAUCAAGGGCAACAGUGCAAUGACCACAAUGGUUAACAAGUCCGGCGUGCAUACCCACAUGGUUAGGUAUUGCACAUGCCCCAACGCCGCCGCCGCCGAUAUACAAAUGUUUGAAAUGGGCUUAUUUCCGGCGUCCUUCUUGGAACCGAAGACGGCAUUCACAUUUGACGUCUUAAAUGACUUUUUGUUGGACAACCUGGAGUGCAGAACCUUGGCGAUGAAUUACUACAGCAAGUUGAGAUGGAUGACAAUGAUUGUCUUUCCGCAUUUGGGUCCCGGACCGUACCAGGAAACUCAUGAGGGUGGCCAGACAAUGGAGGAACUCAAGCUUCUCAAAUGGAAUGGCUUCGGCCAUGAGGAAAAGGACGUCAGACCCGGAGAUUUAGCUCUCUUUUGUCUGGCGUGUCCCCCAGCCAUGGGAUUUAAUAAACAUACCGAGACUUUCAAUGAGAAAGGAUCAGAUUUACAAACACUGAGUUGGCUAUACACAAGAUUGCUCGUCAUGGACGAAAACUUCAAAGCCGAGCAUCUCCAUCCAUUAAAUCCCGGUGACAAAGUUUCUCUCAUGACGGCUGUGGGUUCAUGGUUAGGAGAUGCAAUACAACCAUUCAACGAUCAGAAUGCAACAAACCACCACGCGGUCAAUCAGGCAAAUGCAUCUCGUCACAGGUUGGAGGCAACCGGCAUCAGCGGUUGCGCCUGUGCAAGGCAUGGGUGUUUUGUUCCUCACGCCAUGGUCGAUUUUCAGAAGGGAGAAAGG